CUCAGCUGUACGAAAACCUAAACACGAAGCUCACCAAUGGUUCACACGAAAACCCUUUAACCUACUCAAUCCGGCGCACGUUAGCACAGUUGUUGUUUGGCCGUGUUUCUCCCAUGGCAUCUCCGAUCCCUGUCGUUCAGUCGGGUCGGAUCCGGGUUCUGAAGCAAGGAUCAGGACCGUUGGUUGGACCGGUAGUGUACUGGAUGUUCAGAGAUCAACGAAUAAGAGAUAACUGGGCAUUAAUCCACGCCGUUGAUGAGGCUAACAAAGCAAAUGUACCAGUAGCUAUUGCUUUCAAUUUGUUCGAUCAGUUCUUAGGUGCAAAAGCUAGACAAUUAGGGUUUAUGCUUAGAGGCCUUCAAAAACUUCAUAGCAACCUCGAAAGUACUCUUCAAAUUCCCUUUUUUCUAUUUCAGGGAGAAGCUGUAGACACAAUUCCCAAUUUUCUGAAAGAAUGUGGAGCUUCUCUUCUAGUAACGGAUUUCUCACCUUUGAGGGAUGUGAGGAGCUGGAAAGAAAAAGUUUGUGAGAGUGUGAGUGAAUCGGUAACAGUACACGAGGUUGAUGCGCACAAUGUUGUUCCUGUUUGGGUGGCAUCAAAUAAAUUAGAAUACAGUGCUAAAACCAUACGGGGUAAAAUAAAUAAGCUGCUUCCUGAGUAUCUAAUCGAAUUACCUGCAAUAGGGCCUCCCAAGAUAAAGUGGUCGUCUUCAAACCCUCCAAUAGAUUGGCCAAAACUAAUUGCCGAUGUCGUAAGGAAAGGAGCAGAAGUUCCUGAACUUGAAUGGUGUGAACCAGGUGAAGAUGCUGCAUUGGAAGUGCUUAUGGGAAGUAAAAAUGGGUUCCUGACAGUUAGGUUGAAGAAUUAUUCAACAGACCGGAACAACCCUCUGAAACCCCAAGCACUUUCUGGUCUCUCUCCUUAUUUGCACUUUGGGCAGAUGUCAGCACAGCGAUGUGCUGUAGAAGCAAGCAAAGUUCGGAAACUUUAUACCCAGGCAGUUGACACAUUUCUGGAGGAAUUGAUUGUGCGCAGAGAGCUUGCUGAUAAUUUCUGCUACUACCAGCCUCGAUAUGAUUCAUUACUGGGUGCAUGGGAAUGGGCACGCAAAACCUUGAUGGAACAUGCAUCUGAUAAGCGUGAACAUAUAUACACGCGAGAGCAAUUGGAGAAGGCACAAACUGCAGACCCUCUUUGGAAUGCUUCUCAGUUAGAGAUGGUUCAUUAUGGGAAAAUGCAUGGUUUUAUGAGGAUGUAUUGGGCUAAAAAGAUUCUUGAAUGGACAAGUGGACCGGAAGAAGCUCUGGCUAUCACAAUAUAUUUGAAUGACAAGUAUCAUAUAGAUGGAAGGGAUCCUAGUGGUUAUGUUGGAUGCAUGUGGUCAAUAUGUGGCCUACACGACCAGGGUUGGAGAGAGCGUCCCGUAUUUGGGAAAAUACGGUACAUGAACUAUGCAGGUUGCAAGAGGAAAUUCAAUGUGGAUGGAUAUAUUUCAUACGUUAAAAGACUAGUAGGUGAAAGCAAGAAAAGAAAAGCAGAAGUAUAUUUCGACAACAAGGCAAAGGAACUGCGUAGUUAGCAUUUUGAGCUCCCCAAACCUGUUAUUUUAUGGAUACUAACUACUGAUUUGAAGGAACUAUUAUAUCCCCAAGGGCGAAAACUUACAUUAAAAUCAUGGAUUGUUUGGCAAAAUAUAAUGUACGUCAUUGUAAUAUUUCCCUUUCCCUUUUUCCUUCCCGAGUGAGGGUCUGCCGGAAACAGUCUCUCUGUCUUUUUAAAGGCAGAGACAAGGUAUGCGUACACUCUACCUUCCCCAGACCCCAUUUGUGGGAUCACAGUGGGUUUGUUGUUGUCAUUGUACUAUUUGACGAUUCACUCCACUUUUUUGUUUACACUGGGUUUGUUGUUGUUGUCAUUGUACUAUUUGACUAUGCACUCCACUUUUUUGUUACUUGGAAAAAAUAAUACGUACUAGUUU